GACGUGAAAAAUUCCGUUGUGUCAUUUUUCGGACAAAUAUUGGAUUCGAUUUUUCAAGUUUACCCUUCAGAUACCCGUUGCAAUUCGCUUUUUCCACCAUCAUCAAGAAGAUUUUCAGUGGCUGCGUCAUUUCCUCUUUUUCUUACCUGAUCAUGUGAAGUUAAAUAAAUGUUUGGACUACAGUUCCACAUUAUGAGGACGUCGGCUCCCCUCACGAAGCCACUUGAAACAGUCAUGGACGGCAGUAGUUCGACUUGCUUCCAGACUUCCAAGCAGGUGGAAUCUUCGUCACCUCCAACCGGGGACUCGGUAACGGCGCUAACAGCAACGGGAACGGAUCAGGAAACAGUUCAAAUCAUUGCUCAUUUUUUUCGUUUGGGAACGAGAAUGCUGCUUCAACUAGUUCGAACAACACAAAUAAUGCAGCAAAUCAAAACCGGAGAUGCGGAUCACUUAAGUAAGCAUUAUAUUCUUUACUCAUUAUCAUCCGAGAGAACAAAAAGAAUCUCGUCAAAACUACGUCGACUCCAACGUCGAACCUCGAGCCCAAAUCGCCCCAACGAACAUCAAUAAAACGUCGUCCAAUGUUUGCCAGAGUCGUUCUCACCGGAUCAUAAA